AUGCCUUGGUCACUGGGCAAGCGAGUGGGCCACGUUGGGGUGCAGCGCGUGAAACUGCCACCUGUGUCACGGAUACCUCACAUGGCCAGUGUUCCCUCCAGCCUGCAGGCUGUGUGGCCCUGGGCGGGGCCACCCAGAUUUAAACAGCGGAACCCACCCAGGCCCUGGUCAUCCAUUGCCCCAAGCAGCCUCUGUGGCUCAGCUUUCGCUCCAGUUGCUCCGGCUGCAGGCCUCGUGACCCCUGCUCACCUGUGUGAGAACACCAACAGCGCUCUGCCACCUCCAGGCGCUGCCACCUCCUGCGGAGAGUGUGAAGCCGCAGACCCCAGCCCCCACCCUGCAAGCCCAGGCAUGGAACGAGGGAUCUGGGCCCUUCUCCUGGCACUAGCAAGCCUGCCUGCCUUGGAAGCCAAUGACCUGCAGGAUGAGGACAGUCCAUUUCACUACGACUGGGAAAGCCUGCAGUUGGGCGGGAUGAUCAUCGCGGGGCUCCUGUGCAUCCUUGGCUUAGCCUUGGCCCUGAGUGGCAAGUGCAAGCGCAAAAGCAGUAACAGCCCCUUACCUGAGAAAGCCAAGCCACUCAUUACUCCAGGUUCCGCCCAAAACUGCUGACCACAGACUGCACCCCGGAUGCCACAGAAGAAGACCGCGCUGGAGGCCUCUUUCUCCUCUGGCACCUUUUGACAAU